UUCACUUCCUCCUCAUGCGACAACAAUUCUCACAUGUGACAACAGUUCUCACACUGAUCUGCUGUUGAGCGAUCGAACUUGGUAUUCUGAUGUGAUUUACUAACAUUCGGGAAGAGUGUUUUGUGGUAAUAAUCAAACAAAAUCCCAACCCAAAAUGGGUAAGAAAAAAUCUUCUAUGGGGCUCGGAAGAUCCCUGAUAAAGGAAAGACUAAACGCAGGACGAGGCAACAAGAGAAACGAUACUUGGCUCCAUACCAGUGAACUAAAUGAUGGGUACGACUGGGGUCGUCUCAACCUGCAGUCAGUGACUGAACAGAGUUCUAUGGAUGACUUCCUUGCCACUGCCGAAAUGGCUGGGACAGAGUUUGUUGCAGAAAAACUCAACAUCAAGUUUGUGCCAGCUGAAGCUCGGGCAGGAUUACUUACUGCUGAGGAGACAGCGAAGCUGAAGAAGUUGCACGAAGAGAACAAACAGCUUCUCAGAAUUCCCAGAAGGCCUCAGUGGGAUGAGAGCACCAGUCCUGAGGUCCUCCAACAGAAAGAGAGAGACAGUUUUCUCGAGUGGAGACGAGAACUGGCACUACUCGAAGAGGAGCAGAAAAUGAUUCUCACCCCUUUCGAGAGAAAUUUGGAUUUUUGGAGACAGCUCUGGAGAGUCAUUGAAAGGAGUGACAUCGUUGUUCAGAUUGUUGAUGCCAGAAACCCGUUGUUGUUUCGUUGUCCUGACCUGGAGUGCUACGUGAAAGAAGUUUCACGGGACAAGGUGAACUUGCUACUGGUCAACAAGGCUGACCUACUGACCCGGGAGCAGCGGAUGAUCUGGGCCAAAUUCUUUGAGAAAGAGGGCCUCCGCGCAGUGUUCUGGUCGGCCCUGGUGGAGAACGAGAGGCUGGAGGCAGAGGAGAAGGGGAUGGAGGUAGAGGAGAAGGAGGAAGAACCGAGCGAAGACGACAACGAGGAAAUGCCAGACAAUGACAAUGUAAGCCGAACAAAGCUUAAGGAUAAAAAAAGGGAAGAGGAAGAGAGCGAGGAAGAGGAAGAGAGCGAGGAAGAGGAGAGCGAUAUGGAGAAUGACUCGCAGAGCGGGGAGCAGUUUAAAGACUGCAUAGCGGAGGGAGACUGGCAGACCUGCUCUGAGGCCUCAGAGGGGGAGGAGGCAGACGAUGAAGGGAGUGUAGCUGGCUCCGCCUCCUUCCACAAUUCCAGUCGACUGCUGACCAAAGAUGAGCUGCUGGCCUUAUUUAAGGAGUGUCACGAUGGGCCAACGAUAAGAGAGGGUGAACUCACGGUGGGGUUGGUGGGGUAUCCCAAUGUUGGCAAAAGUUCAACCAUCAACACGAUUUUAAGGAAUAAGAAGGUGUCUGUCUCGGUCACGCCUGGACACACCAAACACUUCCAGACGCUGUACGUGGAGCCGGGUCUGUGUCUAUGUGACUGCCCAGGCCUGGUCAUGCCUUCCUUUGUGGCCACCAAAGCAGAGAUGAUCUGCUCUGGGAUCUUGCCAAUAGACCAGAUAAGAGACCAUGUGCCAUCCAUCUCUCUCGUGUGUCAGACUAUUCCUCGAAAUGUCCUUGAGGGCACCUAUGGCAUCAACAUUAUCCGCCCACGAGAGGACGAGGACCCCGACCGCAUACCCACCUAUGAAGAGCUGCUGAUGGCCUACGGAUAUAUGAGGGGCUUCAUGACAACCCACGGACAGCCUGACCAGUCCAGAUCAGCCCGCUACAUUCUCAAGGACUACGUUGUUGGGAAGCUGCUCUACUGCCACCCCCCUCCUCACAUUAGUCCUGCAGACUUCCAGCCCCAGCACAGCAAGUUCCAGCCUGAAAAUGUGAAUGUUGAGGGCUCCACCAAGAAUGGCAGCAAACAGAACAAGGUCAAGAGGCAUGAGAAUCUGGUCGACCAGAACUUCUUCCAUCAGGAGAAUGUUCGGGCACUCACCAAAGGAGUCCAGACCUUUAUGGGCUACAGGCUAGGGAGCGUAGGCCAACGUGACCAGGUAGAUCAGGAGAACCCUGGCUCCAAUCAGCCUGAAGGGAAACCCUGGAAGAAGCAUGGCAACAGGAACAAGAAGGAGAAAGUACGCCGACUCACCAAGCACCUGGAUGCCUGAAGAACAUAGAACUAUAAACUGCAAGAAAUCACUGAAAGUAUGGAGUGGAAUGGAGUGCUAACCCAAAUGAAUUUCCUAGGAAAUGCCAGAGGAAUUGCUAUUUUCUUGUGUUGAUACUGGUCAACAAAUGCAACUGAGUACAUUUUGUCAAAUGGAGAACCAGGGAUAGGUUGCCUUUUAAUAUAAAACCUAAUUCAGAGUAUUCUGUGAAUUAACUCAUCAUGCAUUGCAGUGACACUACAUUCCGCUUGAUUUGGUGCAACAGCUCUCACAGAUGUUAUCUCAGUCUAGCAUCCAGAGCACAUUUUGGGUUUAGCCUUACUCUGAACCAUAGGAAUUUAAUUGCAGAGGGAAUCAAUCUGUGAAGAUUGGUUUGUUCAUAUGUUUGUUACAUACAGUGAAGUGGAGCCUAUUGGACUUCACAGAUACUUAUUUAGUUGGGAGUCCCUCAUAAUUAGAACUCAACCUCUUUUCUGCUUUUAAUGUCUUUGAUGCAAAAAAAGUGAUAUCCCUGAUUAAAUAAUUAUAUAUAUCA